AUGGCAACGCUGAACGUGUUGGCGAGCCGACUCGCGCGCCGCCCAGGGCGGAUUCUGUUCCUCGUCGUCGUGCUCUUCUUUUUCGCAUACACGCUCAAGGGGCGGAGACAGCACGCGCCGCCGCCCGUACACACAGCCAAGACCAAGUCGUUCUUCCCACCUCUCGAGCAAAAGAGCGCCAACAGCAUCGAGCUCGACUACUGCCAGAACUUCCCAAAGGACCUGCUCAACGAGGUCCAGGUCGUGCUCAAGGUGGCCGCCGGCGAAACGGCCGUCAACAAGGCGCACCUCAACACCGUCACGAGCUGCAUCACGAACCUCAUCAUAGUCAGCGAAGCCGAAGAGCGCCUGGGAGACCGCCAGGUCAUCGACAUCCUGGCCGAGCUGCCCAAGAGCUACGAAGUCAACAACCUCGACUUCCAGGCCUACAUCAACCACAAAAAGGCCCACUCCGAGGGCGAGACGGUCCAGGAGUCGCAGCGCAGCUUCAAGCUUGACCGCUUCAAGUACCUGCCCAUGGUCGACAAGGCCUACACGUCCAAGCCCAACGCCAAGUGGUACGUCUUCCUCGAGUCGGACGUCUACUUCUUCUGGGACACGCUGUUCCGCCUGCUCAGCCAGCUGGACCCCACCGAGCCACACUAUCUGGGCGCACCGCACAAGGGCAGCGAGGGCCGCUGGUUUGCCUAUGGCGGUGCCGGCAUCGUCAUGUCCAACGGUCUGAUGAAGCAGCUGAUCCCAGCCACGACACCUGGCUCCACUGAUAUCCCCCGCGAGAAUCGUCUGAGCGUGCGGUUUGAGAGCUGGGUCAAGGACGAGGCACGCGGCGACGCUGUCCUCUCCUAUGCCAUCCAGAACGUCACUGGCCACAGGCUGGAAGCUUUGGACCCUACCUUCACGAGCGACGAGCUGAGAAGGAUCACUACCUACCGUGAUCGAUGGUGCGUGCCGCUGCUUUCGCUACACCAGCUGUCGCCUGACCAGAUGGAGAACCUGUGGAAGUGGGAGCGCACACGGCCCUACAACCUAGUACGUAUUUCUCAAAAGCUUUGCGCCUACUGCAUACUGAUGUCCACAGAAACCAUUCACCUACUCCUCUCUCCUCUCCUACACACACUCGUUCCUUGCCCAGGGUCCUUCUCGCGAAUGGUGGGACAACCUCUCCGAAGCACCCGUACCCAACGAUCGUCCAGCGCAUCACAAUGCGGGAAUGUGUGGUUCCGAAUGCCACAACGACCCCAACUGUCUCCAGUGGUCAUUUUCGCAGACGGUAUGUCGCCAUUCCAACUACAUCAGGUUGGGCGACGCCGUCAACAAGGAGAAUGGUGGCCAGGGCGAAUUCGUUUCUGGCUGGGACACAGAGACUUUCCGCACAUUAGGCUUUGGUGUCUCGAACGAGCGGGGCGAAAGACAGUUCUACGAGGGGUGCGACGAGGCUACAUGGCUCAGCCCGAGGAUGCUGUAGAAUAG